CCCAAGGGUUUUGCUAGGGAGGAGCUAAAUCCCUGAGCUCAGGUGUAAUUCUUCUGCAUAUAUGCUCCACCUUAAUCUUCCUGACUCUUGCUGUAGGAUUUCUCUGAACUGCUGAGCACACAGAGGGGGAGAGAGAGGAAGUUCUUUAGUCUCUUCUGCUUUGAGGACUGACUCAGCCAAAAUGGGUUGAAAAACUGUGGCAGUUCACAACGAAGUCCAACAGUAGGAGAAGAAGUAUGGAUAUGGUCAUGAAUAUGGAAAGAACUGAGGACUUCAAGGCACUGCGAGCAAAGUUUCAAAAUGAUUCUAACUUUUCCAAUACAUUGCUAUUACCUGCAAAGAAGCCUCCUGUAGUGACCAGACCACAGCAAAGAUCUGAUGGCAAUUCACUGCCCCGUCCCAAACCGAAACCCUUGACCCACAUACAAGUUCCAGAAAUCAUUCCACGGCAAAGUAGUGAUGGCAACUCUAUAUCUUGUCCCAAACCGUUGGCACCCGUACAAGUUGCAGUUCCUGAGCAAAAGACUGAGAAGUUCAGCUACAUAUCUCAACCAUCUGAAAUAACACCAGUUAAACCUAGGGCUUUGCCAAGGGUUAGGCUUCGGGAUUUGUCUGAGGUAGGGAAGAAUAGUGAUAGGAAAGACUCAGACUUUCCAGGGACUCUUGGUCAAAGACCUAUACCGGGGGCAGACCUGCAAAAGCAACGUCCAUCAUCUUUUGUUCACCCUGAAGAAAUUUUGUCAGGAAAACCUACUUUCCAGAACACUCGUAAACUUUGGGAAAGUGCUUCAUCAUUGAACAUUGAGCAAAAGUCUUCUACAGCACCACCACAGUAUCCAAAUAGGACAACUUCCCUGGGAUAUCUAAAAACUGCUAAUGAUGUUACUGAUGUAUCAAAGGAUAAAGCCAAAAGUGUUGAAAAUGAGCAAGCACCAAAGAACCCUUCUCAAUGUGAACCAACUCAGUUUCUCAUAGUUUCACCUCCAGUGCCACCAAGAAAUCCCAUGACCAUAGACAAAGUAGCAUGUGAAGCUGUAAAGCCUACUGAUUCCUCCAUAAACACUAAUGACUUAAACAAGGCAAGCAUGACUCUGCACUGUUCAAAUGCAUGGCAGUCUUCUCUUAACUCUGGGGUAGAGGGACGACCUCAUGGUGAAGAAACCCACCUUUCAAAAGCCAAAUCACUUCCAUCUAUUAUACCACCUCAUACAGAAAAACAGCAUGAUGGGAGAGAGACUAAACUUCCAAAAAUCAAGCCACUUCCAUCCAUUAAAUCUCUUGGACCUCCUCCAAAAAAACCACCAAGGCCUCCUAAGGUAGACCUUUGUAACUUCCAGACGAUCCUUCAUGAGGCUGUGGAUGAUGCAUACAUGACUCCCGAAAUUACUGAAAUUGAAGAAUUGAGUACAUAUGAAGAAACGAUGUCAUGUCUGAUCCAUCCAGAAUGUUCUAAUUCAAUUCAUGAAGAUAAAUAUAUUUCCAAAGCAGAAAAAAAAGAAGAUAUCAAGAAACAAAAUUUCCUUGUUGCCAUACCCAGUUCUGAAAAGAAGGAUACAAAAGAAAGAGGGCCACUCUGGAACCAGGAUAUACCAAAACAACAACCUAAAGAAGCAUCCGAGGUUAGUGACCGUGACACUGUCCUCACUAAGAUGAAAAUGAAUGGAGAACAUAGAGUUUCAGAUGACUAUGUAUGCCUGGAAAAUUUGAUAUUAGAUGAAGAGAAAGCAAGCACAACAUCCCCCACACCAAUGCAAACUGUGGAGGAAGUAUAUGAUGACGUGGAAGGACUACAAAGUGACCUGCAAGCCUGUGAUGCCUACAGCUCAUUCACUUCAGAUGCUUUUGCAGAUGAAAACAGUGAAGAAACCUAUGAGGAUAUCCAAAGUGAAGAGUACAAUUCAACCAAGUCAGAGGAUGGCAAGGUGGAAAAAUUGAAGGUGCUUGGAAAAAUUUUCAAGAAAGGAAAAAUCAAAAUGAGAAAUGCAAACAUGAAAGAGAAUUUCCGCAAUCUUUCCCGUUCUGCACCAAACCUAGAUGUUAUAGCCCAGGAAACCAUGGUGUAUAACAAUGUUGACACAGAACAAACUGAUGCCAACUCUUCCCCGAGGAACUUCUUCAAAACCAAGAAAUAUAAUUUUGAAAAGAAUAACAAGAUAUCAAAAGAAGAAAAAAUGUUUAGAGAAAAGUUCAUGUAUGAUAAGGAGAUCACAGUAAUCAAUACAGCUGUUGCACACUGCUCAAAUGCUUCAACCAAAGGAAAACGUGACUUGAAGAUCACAGCUGGAGAACAACUUGAAGUCAUUGAUGUUACUGAGGGGAAUCAAUUAAUAUGUCGGAAUUCUGAUGGCAAAUAUGGUUACGUACUAUUAGAACAUUUGAAUUUCAGGUAA